AACUGAGUUUUGUUGUCUGUUGCUUUAGAUGAUCAACGUGACAACAACUGCAACGGGCUAUGGCCUGACGAUGGCGUGUGAUACUCUCAUUUCCCAGACAUAUGGCAGCAGGAACAUGAAACGUGUGGGAGUUAUUCUACAGAAAAGCACCCUGAUCCUGCUGAUGUUUUGUCUGCCUUGCUGGGCUCUCCUUGUCAACUCCCACAAUUUACUGCUCCUUCUUCAGCAAAAGCAUGAAGUAGCCCGAAUUGCCCACCUUUACGUGAUGGCGUUUCUUCCUGCUGUUCCAGCUAUGUUUUUGCAUCAGCUGCAGGUUUCUUAUCUACAAAACCAGGGGAUCAUUCUACCCCAGAUGUACACAGCUGCAGUAGCCAACAUUUUGAACUUGGGGAUCAAUUUUCUUCUUAUUUCUGAGCUCAAGCUGGGUGUAAUUGGAUCAGCGACUGCCAACAGCCUCUCUCAGAUCAUCAUUUGCCUUCUGUUGUUUGGCUACAUCAGGUGGAAGAAGCUCUAUAAGCAGACAUGGGGAGGUUGGUCCACUGAAUGUCUGCAGGGCUGGGGUUCCUACAUGAAGCUGGCCGUUCCCAGCGCAUUCAUGAUCUGUUUUGAGUGGUGGGUCUGGGAGGUUGGAGGCUUUCUUGCAGGUUGGCUUGGAGAAGAUGACCUGGCUGCCCAGCAUCUGAUGGUAGAAAUAGGAGCCAUAACAUACAUGUUUCCUUUAGGUAUCCACGCUGCAGCCUGUGUGCGUGUGGGGAACGCUUUGGGAGCCGGGAACACAUCAAGAGCCAUAAUCACCUGCAAAGUUGCCUUAGUUCUUUCAGGAGUGCUGGCUCUGUUCCAGGGGUUCAUCCUCGCUGGCUGUAAGUCCGUCAUUGGCUACAUAUUUACCUCAGACGUCAAAAUUGUGCAGCUCGUAUCAGACAACUUGACAGUUUACACAUUUCUUCAGUUCCUUGAUGCUCUUCUGUGUGUCUGCACAGGGAUUCUUGUUGGAUGUGGGAUGCAGAAAAUCGCAGCCGUGUCAAAUUUGAUAUUUUACUACCUCAUCGGCCUGCCUGUCGGAAUAGCACUGAUGUUUUGGGCCAAGCUGCGAAUAUUAGGCUUGUGGCUCGGUCUCCUAAUUUGUGUUUUCAUCCAGACGGGUUUCUUCCUUGCUUUGAUCUUUAAAGCUGACUGGAAAAAAGUGACGCAGAAGGCUCAGACGCGAGCUGGGAAAACUGUGGUUGUGGCCCCAGUGCGUCCUGUUAGUGCAGUUCUAAAUGAAGCGAUCUUUCCGGAUGUCAUCGACUGCCCAGAUUCGGCCCAGGAAAAGAGUGAAGCAGCUCUCAGAACAGAGGGCUACAGUCGGGUUAAUACCCAAGAUCAGGAGCUGAAAGGAGGCCGUGAGUCAGAGGAAAAUCACACCAAUGCUGCAGUAAAUGAGAGAGACACAGAAAAGAGCAAAGAAUCAUCUGACUCCAAAGCUGCAGAGAAGCUCUCCACCUCUCAGCUGAUCAUGCGUCGGGGACUAACUUUGCUGUUCUCAGUUCUUAUUUUGAUAACAGGAGUUGUAUUCCAAAUUGCUUUUCCUGUAGUAGCACCCAGUGCCCAGAGUGUGGCCAACGCCACCUUGAACUGGGUUAAUUUCUCCACUCCUACACCACUGGAUGCACUGAACCUGACUACAAGCUUGUGAGCUUCUUGGAGUGGAGACCCCUGCUGACAACAUGUGGUUACUGCACUGGGGAGAAACAAAAGGCCUUACUGGCCAGCUGCUGAGUGAAUCCACAGAAGCCAGCAAGCGAUAUGAAACUCCACCGACUCUAGCAGGAAGAACAAAUGUUUUGAAGUAAAGACCGGGUUUUAGCUCUCUCAGUCAAAAGUACAUGGCUGCACUGUGGUGAGGAGCAUUAAUACAAAUUCCUCACCAGCACACUAAAUAUAAAGUGCUAAAUAUGCUGCUAUCAGUGACGUGCGGUGAGCUUCAUGACUGGUGAGGCUCCACCAGAGUCAGAUGUACAAAUCAAAAAUCAAAUAUGGAAGCUAUAUUUUCAUUUUGACCAUAACUAAUUAAAGCUUCUAACAAUAUAAUAGCAAGAAAGAUAAAAAAAUAUGUAAAAAGGUACAAAUUUUAAAUUAUUUGGAUGUUUUCCUUGGCUGACCUCUCUUUUCUGAUUAAAACUGAAAAUCAUGUAUGAUCUGACCUUUAUGUUAUACGUAUAUCUCUGUCAUUCUGUUG